UAAGUUUUGACAAACUCUGAGUAAGAUUCAAACCAAUAAGAUUACUUUGUGAGUCUUUGUGUUUAACUGUGUGGUGUCCAUAUUACACAAGAAAGAAAUGGAGAACUCCACUAAAGUUGUGUAUUUUGUGCUGGCUGCCUAUGGCAACAUUGGAAAGUUAAAAUACCUGUAUUUCAGCUUAAUGCUGUUAUGGUACCUCUCCAUAUGUGUGGCCAACACAAUUCUUAUUGUGGUUAUAUAUGUGAACAGAAGUUUGCAUGAUCCGAUGUAUAUUAUUAUGAGUGAAAUAGGUGGCAGUACAUCAAUUUAUCCUCUUCUGCUCUCACAGAUGUUUUCAGAUACCCAUGAAGUGAUUCUGCCAUGGUGUUUUCUGCAAAUGUGUUGUCUCUACACAUGUGGUUCUGUUGAGUUUUGCAGUUUAGCUGCCAUGGCCUACGACAGAUACGUCUCUAUUUGUUAUCCUUUACAAUACAAUGUUAUUAUGAACACAGGGAGAAUAAGUAUGAUUAUUCUGUUUGUAUGGCUGUAUUCAUUUCUUAACUUUAUAUUCUUAUUUUCAUUCGUCAUCCGUUUGACAUUUUGUGGAAAUGUCAUUGAUAAAGUGUUUUGUGACCAUCACUUAGUAAUUAAACUUGCAUGUUCAGUUUCAAUAAUUAUCAAGAUAUCCGACCUGCUUUUUGCCUUUGUGACUAUGGUUGUACCAUUUAGUCUCAUUUCAGUCUCUUACGUGAAGAUUUUGGUUGUUUGUCUGAAAACAUCCAAAGAAAAAAAGGAAUCAGGUAUAGGCUGGGUUCCAGAGGAUAUGGAGACCCUCCUGCAGCCAUAA